AUGUCCGGAAGCGCAGGUUACGACAGACAUAUCACCAUCUUCUCCGACCAAGGUCGACUGUACCAAGUCGCACCGCACGACGACCAUCCUGUCAUCGUAUUCACCACUAACACAUCAACCUACACUGUAGAAUAUGCAUUCAAGGCUAUCACCUCUGCCAACAUCACCUCCAUCGGUGUGAGGGGGAAAGAUUGUGCCGUCGUGCUGUCCCAGAAGAAAGUUGCUGAUAAACUCAUCGACCCAUCCUCUGUCUCACAUGUCUUCAAGAUCUCCCCUUCUGUCGGUUGUGUCAUGACCGGUUCCAUAGCAGAUGCUCGUGCCUCUGUGGAUCGGGCCCGUGGAGAGGCUGCCGAAUUCCGAUACAAGUUCGGAUACGAGAUGCCCUGUGAUGUUCUUGCGAAGCGAUUGGCUAAUAUCAACCAAGUCUACACACAACGAGCCUACAUGCGGCCAUUGGGUGUGGCAACAACUCUGAUCUCCGUCGACGAUGAGAAGGGUCCUCAACUCUACAAGUGUGACCCUGCCGGUUACUAUGUUGGAUACAAGGCGACAGCAUCGGGUCCUAAGCAGCAGGAAGCGCUGAACCACCUGGAGAAGAAGCUGAAGAACAAGGAUGCUGCCCCUGGUAACUGGGAGGAAGUUGUGGAGCUUGGCAUUUCUGCCCUCAGCAAUGUGCUGAGCGUCGACUUCAAGAAACAUGAGCUGGAGAUCGGCAUUGUCGGUGGUCCCCGGGCAGAUGGCGAGGGUACAACCACAGCAUUCCGGGCUCUGACUGAGGAGGAGAUUGAUGAGAGACUGCAAGCCAUCGCAGAGAAGGACUAA